CACCACCACCAACACCACCAGCAACACCACCACCACCAACACCACCACCAACACCACCAGCAACAACCACCACCAAUAACCAUCAGCACCACCAACAUCACCAGCAAACAACCAUCGCCACCAUCGUGAUGGGAAUACGAUACUCAGAGCCACUGUGCGAGGCGGCCUACAAGGGCGACGCGCUGCUGGUGUCGUGGCUGCUGGACCGUGACCCCUCGCGGAUCGACGGCCGCGACCCCAACGGCGACUCGUCGCUGCUGGCCGCGUGCCGCGGGGGCCACCCCCCCGUCGCGCGCCUCCUGCUCAAGCGCGGCGGGGACGUGGGAGCCACCACCAAGAGUGGCCGCUCGUGUCUCCACGUGGCGGUGCGGCGGCGAUUCUCGUGGCUGGACGCGCUGCUCAUCGUGCUGCUCAUGCCCGUGCUCAUCGGCUACUGGAUCAUGGUGCAGAAGCGCCGCUUCAACGAGGAUCUCGUGAAGCUGCUCCUGGAGGCCGGAAGUGACGUCAACGCAGUGGACAAAAGUGGCAACACGGCGCUGCACUACGCCUGCUCGCUGCACAACCACGGAGUGGGGAAACUGCUGCUCACGGCCAACGCCAGCGUCUCCAUCCAGAACAAGGAGGGCCUCACCGCGGUCGACCUGGCGGCCGCCGGCAACUUCUCCAAACUGCUGCCGCUGCUGCGCCAGCACCAGGAGCGUCGGCGCACCGAGGAGCUGGCCGCCAGCGCCGUGCGCGCCGGCCUGCGUGCUCGGCACGCCUCCGACUCCGACUCCGCCGCCUCCUCCACCUCGUCGCUUCACCACGACGGCGACGACGAGGAGGGGGCCGAGCGGAGGCGGGACGAGUGAGGGGUGGAGGAGAGGUGGACCGUGCAAGG